AAAGGCUUUUGCUUUUUCAAUCAGAAAGCAGAACCCUUUCUUUCAUCGCUUCAAGCAGUCUCGAUAUUAAAUCGUUCAACAUGUUCAAGCUGUGCGUUCUCUCCGUUGUCCUAACUAUCGUAUACGCUGCACCUGCACCUGCACCUGCGCCUGCGCCAGGAGCGGUUUUGGCAGCACCUGCGGCAAUUGCGGCAGUUCCAGCGCCCAUCGUGACAGCGAGUAGCAGUCAAGUGGUCGCUAGAAAUUACAACACGCUCGCCGCAGCUCCACUCGCUGCAGCUCCCGUGAUAGCAGCAGCAGCAUCUCCACUCGCUCCACUCGCUCCAAUCGCCUACGCCGCGUCGCCUCUAACAGCUUACAGCACUCACGCCGUUGCACCUGCUGCAUACGCAGGAUACGCUGCCUAUUCUGCACCACUCCUACUCUAAUCCAUCGCGAACCGCAAACUCGAUGCGCCAGGCUUGUUGAAUCUCUAUCGCAAAUUUCGAUGGCAAAAACGAUCGAUUGACUGCAAUUC